AUGUUUGCUUCACCAAAAGAAGAAAAUUUAGAAAAUAAAAAACAUUCAAAAGAUGGAAAAGAAUAUAAUAGAGCAUCUCAUCAAUCAAAAAUAUUUAAUACUGAUUUAGAGACAGAAGAUGAAGAGGAUCCACCAGAGAAUUUUAGAAAAAUUGUUAUUGGAUUAUGUGCAAUGCAUCGUAAGGCUAACAGUAAGCCUAUGAAAGCAAUAAUGGCGAAAAUGUUACAGUAUUAUGGAAAAUGGAUUGAAUUUAUUAUUUUUCCAGAAGAAGUUAUUUUAAAUGAAACUGUUGAAAAAUGGCCUCUUUGUGAUUGUUUAAUUAGUUUUCAUUCAAUGGAUUUUCCAUUAAGUAAAGCAAUGGAGUAUGAAAAAUUACGUAGACCUUAUGUAAUUAAUGAUCUUCAUAGGCAAUUUGAUUUGUUGGAUAGAAGAAAAGUUUUUCGAUGUUUAGAAAGAGCACGAAUAGAUCACCCAAGAUAUGGAGUUGUUAUUAGAGAUGAAAAUGGUAUUAGUGAAGCAAAACUAGAAGAAUACAAUGAUCAUAUUGUAAUAAAUGGACAAGUUUUUAAUAAACCAUUUGUGGAAAAACCAGUAUCAGCGGAAGACCAUAAUGUAUAUAUUUAUUACCCUAGUUCAGUUGGUGGUGGAAGCCAAAGAUUAUUUCGAAAGAUAAAUGAUCGAAGUUCAAGAUACCACACAAGAUCAACAGUUAGAAGAACCGGAAGUUAUAUUUAUGAAGAAUUUAUUCCAGCAGAUGGCACUGAUGUUAAAGUUUAUGCAGUUGGUCCAUAUUAUGCACAUGCUGAAGCUCGAAAAUGCCCAGGUUUAGAUGGAAAAGUUGAACGUGAUGCAGAUGGAAAAGAAGUUAGAUAUCCUGUUAUUUUAAGUGCAAGAGAAAAAGUUAUGGCAAGACAGGUUGUUUUAGCAUUUGGUCAAACAGUUUGUGGAUUUGAUCUUUUACGUGCAAAUGGAAAAAGUUAUGUUUGUGAUGUAAAUGGAUUUUCUUUUGUAAAAACUUCAACAAAAUAUUAUGAAGAUACAGCAAGAAUAUUAGGAAAUACAAUAUUAAAAAGAUUAACAGCAAGACUUAAUAUGAAAUGGACAAUGCCACAACAAGAAGAAGAUCCACCAAUUGUUGCAACACCAUCUGGAAAAUUAAUGGAACUUAGGUGUGUUUUGGCUGUCAUAAGACAUGGUGAUCGUACCCCAAAACAAAAAAUGAAAAUGCUUGUCUCUGAUUUAAGGUUUUUUGAUCUCUUUAAAAAACAUGAUGGAUUACGUAAAAAAGAAAUUAAGAUGAAAAAACCUAACCAAUUAUCAGAAGUUUUGGAUCUUACAAAAAUUAUAUGGACAGAGGAGAAGAAACAUUGUGAAGAUAUACGUAAUGAAAUUGAGUUGGCAAAUAAUACCAAUUGUUCCUCUGAUAAAAUUAAAGAUCUCGAGCGUCAACUAGAAAAGUGUGAAAGUUUGGUGAAAAAAUAUGAUCAAAUGAGGACAGUUCUUGAGAUGUAUGGUCAUUUUUCUGGAAUUAAUAGAAAAGUACAAAUGAAAUAUGUAAAACCAAAGGCAUCAAGUGUAAAAAUUUCUGAUUCUGAAGAUCCAUUGUCUGUAGAUAGAAGUCAACCUACUUUAUUAUUAAUUCUUAAAUGGGGUGGAGAAUUAACAACAGCUGGUGUAUUACAAGCUGAAGCUUUAGGAAAACUUUUUCGUACAUUAUAUCCUGGGAUUCGUAGAACUGAUGGAAAAGAUUGCCCUGAAGAUACUCAAGGUUUAGGAUUUUUAAGAUUACACAGUACUUAUAGACAUGAUCUUAAAAUAUAUGCUUCUGAUGAGGGGCGUGUUCAAAGUACAGCUGCAGCUUUUGCUAAAGGUUUACUAGCAUUAGAGGGAGAAUUAACACCAAUUAUGAUGCAGAUGGUUAAAAGUUCCAAUACAGAUGGAUUAUUAAAUGAUGAUUUUAAUGCUAGAGAAUUUCAAAAUGAAUUAAAGGCAUACCUUCAUUCUAUUCUUCAGGUUAAUAGAGAUUUUACUCAAGAUGAUUAUGAAAAAUUAAAUCCAAAUAAUUUAAGAAGUAUCAAUCAUGCAAUGGAAUUUAUUAAAAAUCCAUUUAAAAUGUGUGUUGAAAUAUCAGGAUAUGUUGAAAGAAUGUGUAAUAUUAUAAAGGCAAAUAAAUUUAAAAAUCCAACAAAAUCAUUAUAUUUAAAUGAAAGUUGGAAUUUAGCUGAAAGAAGAUGGGGAAAAGAAUUAACAGAAUUUAGAAAAAUUAAUAAAGAUGGUGGAAUUGAAUUUGAUAUUUCAAAAAUUCCUGAUAUUUAUGAUAAUAUUAAAUAUGAUAUGGAACAUAAUCCUGAUUUAUGUGUUAAUAAUGAAGGUGAAUUUGAAAGAAUGUAUCUUUGUGUUAAAAAUAUGGCUGAUAUUGUUGUUCCACAGGAAUAUGGUAUAAGUGAGGAAAGUAAAAUAAAAAUAGGGCAAAGAAUAUGUAGUCCAUUGGCAGCAAAAUUAAGAAAUGAUUUAAUUAGAUGUACAGAAAGUAUUGAUGAUGAAGAGACACAAACAAGAUUAGAUCCAAGAGCUAGUGAAGGUAUUGCAACACCAAUGAGACAUGUAAGAACACGAUUAUAUUUUACAAGUGAAAGUCAUAUACAUACAUUAAUGAAUCUUAUUAGAUAUGGAGGUUUUAUGCCUGCUGAUGAUAAAAAAUGGCAAAGGGCUAUGAAUUUUUUGAGUGGUGUAACAGAAUUUAAUUAUAUGACACAAAUUGUUAUGAUGGUUUAUGAAGAUAGUCGUAGUGAUAGUGAUAAAAGUGAUAAAGAUCGAUUUCAUAUUGAACUUUUAUUUAGUCCUGGUUUAUAUCCAUGUUUUCAAACAGAAAAAGAAAGAAUAUAUGAAAAAAGAAUGAAUGCAAAAGGUAAAAAACAACAAUCAUUUAAUAAAAAAGAAGGUAGAAAUUCAGAAUCUUAUGAUUAUGCAUCAGAUGGUGGUGGAAGUGAUUUAUCAAAAAAAAAAAGUUGUACUACACCAAUUCCAUUUAUUGAUGAUGAUGAUUAUCAAGAUUCAAAUAAAUAUGAUGAUAAAGAUUCAAUGACUAGUUCAAUAAAUAAUACAACUCUUUCUUCUGUUAAAACAUCAAAAACUAAUUUAUCAGAAAAGACUGAUGAGAAGAUUGAUGAUCAUGAUCAUGAUGAUGGUCUUGAAGUUAAUUCUGUUAAUUUAGUUGUAUUAUCAGAAAUUGAUAGUAAACCAUAUAAUAAUGAUGAGAUACCAAAACUUGCAAAAACUACUAGAACUCCAAGACGUCUUAGUAGAAAUGAAAAAUCAGAAAGUAUAAAUUUGGAUGAUGAUAAUAAAGAGUAUAAUAAUGAAGAUGUAUUUGAGGAUAAUGAUAGUGCUGAUGAUGAGGAGAGUCAGGAUACACUAGGAACAUCUAAAAAAUCUGUCAUUGAAUUAUAUGAUUUAAAUCGUAGUAAAAUAAUGAAAUCAAUGAGUGACAAAGGAUGUGAUUUAUCUGCUCAUAUUAAAAAAGAAGUAUUUGGUAUAAAAUGUGGAUUUAAUUCACUUGAUUGUAAUGAUGAGGAGAAUAGUGAAAGUUUGCCUACAAUUAAUUUUGAAGAUUCUCAAUCUACUGUUGGAAGUGGAAGAGGUAAGUGGGUUAAAGAAUUGUUAGCUGAUACAAGAAAAGCAUUAGAGGGACUUCAAAAAAAUGGAUCUACUGGAACUAUUACUGAAGAAAAAAAAGAGGAAUGUAAAGAUUCCAUAUCAAUUGCUGAUGGAUUAGAUAUAAUUAAAAAUAAAGAUUCUAAUUCUAAUGGUGCAUCAGAAGAUGAUAAUUUAUCACAAUCAAGUCGUCGAGGAAGAUUUCCAUAUAAAUUUAAACAUCAUACAGUUAAUUUAUUUGCUGGUUCCAAAUGUGUUGAUAACAGAUUAAUUAGUAAUGCAGUACUACAAGGUAAAUUAAAUGGAUUAAGUAAAGAAAAUCCAUCAAAUAAUCCUGCAGUCCUUAGUACAGCAGUCAUUGCUCGUAGUAAUAGUGCACCAAGAUUACAAACAUUUAAAGAAUCAGAAUCUAUCAAAAUGCAAGAUAUUCGAAGAUUUUGGCCACCAUUACGAUCACUUGAAACAUUACAUGAUAAUGUUGCAUACAGACAAAUGAAAGAUUUUCUAGAUCGUAUUAUUAAUAAUAUCACUCCACCAAUGACACCAUCUUUAAAAAAUAAUUUACAAAAUAUUGGUGAUAAUUCAUUCAUGGAGUAUAAAGAUAUUAAAAACAAAAUGAGUUUAGAAUCAUUAUUUGUAAAUGAUUAUCAGGAUGAAUUGAAAUAA